AGUUUUCAAACUUUAACAUUUUUAAUAUAACGGAAAAAAACCGUUUCUCGAACUGGAUUUUGAAUAAUUAUAUUUCUCGAUUCCUUGACCAAAAAAAUCAAGAAAUCAAGAUUAGCACACAAAUAAUCAACGAUCAACUUGUCACUUCCAGUUCCUAAAAUCUUGUUCCUUGUGCCAUGUAACCGAUCCGGUGUUAACUUUUGUUUGUGUUGAGAUCUAUCCAUCCCUCUCGAUGUAUUUGUUCGUAUCGAAUCGAACAUUUCAAAUAGUUUCUCAAUUCAUUUCUCUCUGUCUAUUCACUUUUUGACACUCCCGCAUAUGAUUCGGAUUGUGUCCGGGAGAUUCGAUAACAGUGUUUUUGUUGAUUGCACCACCGCUGGCAGAUUUUAUUUUUCGGAUUUCUGAUUCGAAGUUGUAUGAGCCUUUUCAACUUUUGUUUCCGUCAUUCAUCUACUAUUGGAUUACUGUACUCGGUGGCAGUUGCUAUGGAAAAAGGAUUUUCAAAUUCAAAUCAAAAUUUUGAUUGGUGGGAUCGAUUUCGUCAUGAUCUACUAUCAGAUGGCAAAACUCAGCAAAAGCUAGAAAUCAUUCUGAAAAUGUGUAUAAUUGGAACUUCAUUUGUAUGUGGCACUGCUGUAAUUUGCAUGUUUCUUCUGGCAAUGCGGAAAUUAUUUAAUUAUGUUGCUGAUUCGAAAACUGUUGUAGUUAGAUGUUAUCCAUAAAUUAUUAAUAUUAUUCAA